AGCUCAGCCCAAUACUUCUCCGAUUACAAUGCUUAUUCAGGGUGACUGGGAAUGAUGCUGAUAAGAAAUCUGCUAAACAACAUCUUCAUUGGUGUUGGCGCGCGUGGCCCCUCUUCACUGAGCGUCAUCAUCACCAUCCAGACAUACGUCACCGAGGCCGCCCUGAACAGACAACCCUUCCCCAAAACCAUGUACUACAUUUGCAUUAGCGACUUUGUAAUUAAUCUCUUAUUACUAUUAAUAACGUUAGGUUUGAAGAAUGUAUGACGACUGUUUUUCGAAAAACCAAAUGUUUACCAAUGCUUUCGUUGAGAAAUGAUGGCCCUUAAUAGCAUGAU